ACACUGCAUAAAUGCAUAAUGGACAAUGCAGGAAGAAUAAAGUGUUUGCCGGUAACGAAUCGUGAGAGAAAUGGGUCGCCUUCGGAUGGGACAAAACAACCAUCGAAAAAUGAAAAAUCGGGAAAAGGUGUCGCUAAUGGCAAGCAGAAAGAGCAGGGAAACGAAUUAAAGCUAGUAAUGGAACCGCAAAAUACAUCGCCCACCAAGUACUUCGACAUUAACGGUAUGCCACUGCGUAAAGCAUUGGAAGACGACGGCAGUAUUGAGCAACAGACCACUGACGGAGGAGACCAAGGAAAGAAGGGAAAUAAAGUGAGCAUCAAGUGUUGCAACUGUGGGAAAACAUUUACCUCAAGAGCAACGUACGAACUGCACUACCGGACCAGCUACGACCAAGAUCCGGUUUAUGAGUGCACAGUGUGCGGCAAGCGUAUCAAACAGUACCGGGCGUACCAGCUGCACACCUACCGACACAGCGCCAAUCAACGGUUUACCUGUCCGGACUGUUCGAAAACGUUUCAUCAAAAGUCGGACCUAACACGGCAUCAAAAUAUCCAUCAACCCAACAACGGUUCCGGUUCGUCGAAAAGUGGCGCAGUAAAGCUGCAAGUAAUACCCUGUCCUAGAUGUGACGAUAUUUUUGCUACGCAGGCCGAAUUUAAGGAACACUCUAGAAAACUGCACCGAACGCCGAAACAGUUGGUCGAAUGUCCAGACUGUGGAAAAUCACUUUCCACCGGUAGCCUCUACUCUCAUCGCAAAAUACACUCGGAAAGUCCGAAAUUUUCCUGUCCUGAGUGUGGACGAACGUUUGUGCAGAAGAUAAACCUCAUUCAGCACCAUAAAACGCACCUUGGCGAUCGUCCCUUUCAGUGUGACCAGUGUGAUAAAGCUUUCUGUGAAAGGGCACACCUUCAGCGCCAUCUUAACUAUCACUCACAGGAACGACCGUUCCGGUGUGAGCUGUGUGGCAAAUGUUACAAAACGGAACGCUGCCUAAAGGUACACUCGGCGGUACACAACAACGAGCGGCCGUUCGUGUGUCCCGAAUGUAAUAAAGGUUUCCUAAGCAGCUCGAAGCUACGUCAGCACAGCAACAUCCAUUCUGGGUUGCGGCCGUUCAAGUGCAAAUACUGUACGCGCGAUUUUACCAACUUUCCCAACUGGCUGAAGCACAUCCGGCGUCGGCACAAGGUAGAUCAUCGUACCGGAGAAAAGCUGGACAGUGUGCCAAAGUUUAUGACGAAGAAAAAGAGCGGGGAAGGAGCUAGUGUACGGAAGAAGGAACUAUCGGAAUCUACCGGGAGCACGAAAAAGCGACCGGUUAAGAUACCGCUGCCGGAUGUGCUGAAGGACGACGAGUCGCUGCCGUACUUUAGUGAAAGUUCCAACAUUGAUCUCAAUUUAGUGUGUAAGGAGGACCUGCUGCAGCCACUAGCGGACGAAAUCGUGGACAUCUUUCAGUGUUUGCCGUCCGACGAAUCGAAGCUAAGCAUUCCGGAACCGUUGGAGCAGCUAUGCAGUGGUUCGUUGCGGAAUUUAGUGGACGAACCCGUGGAUCGGGUUAGUAAUGGUGGCAGCAGUAGCAGCAGCAGCAGGGUGGUGCCACUGGAAGUGGAUUGUGAUUUUAGCGUUAGAAGCCCGAUCGACCACCAGCUGGAUAUUUCGACUGAUCUCAUUAAACAUGAACUUCCCAGCAACGCACUGUCCAGCUGCGAGAAGGAUACAUUCAUCGGCCCGUUACUGUACGAUGCUCAGCUAUCAAUGCUACCAAUGAUGGCCUCGCUUUGCGGUAGCGACGAACCAAAACAAUUCCGUCUCAUAAAUCCACACUUCAUACAUCUUUCUAGCUCACCUUCAUUUCUCGCCGGAAACUCAAGAGCGCCACCGUCGCCAGAGGAUGGCGACCAGAGUGCUGUGCCGGUUUCGAUCGGUGAAUGA